AGUCGGGCUGCUGGAGUGCGGCGCCGCCGCGGGACUCGGGACGCCGGCUGACGCGCGGGCUGGCGAGGCAGGGGGGGGGGGUUGGUGCGCGGCGGCUGCGGGGCGUAGGGCAGGGGUCUGCAGGGCUGCCGUCUCCCGGGGGCCAGCCUUGCCGAUCCCGGAGCUGAGUCUGAGCCCCGCGCACACCAAAGACGAAGGCGGCUGUGGCAGCAGCGGCGGCCCCAGCCAUGCUGUGCUAUGUGACGAGGCCGGACGCAGUGCUGAUGGAGGUGGAGGUGGAGGCGAAAGCCAACGGCGAGGACUGCCUCAACCAGGUGUGCAGGAGAUUGGGAAUUAUAGAAGUUGAUUAUUUUGGACUGCAGUUUACGGGUAGCAAAGGUGAAAGUUUAUGGCUAAAUCUGAGAAACCGGAUCUCCCAGCAGAUGGAUGGGCUAGCCCCUUACCGGCUUAAACUGAGAGUCAAGUUCUUCGUGGAGCCUCAUCUCAUCUUACAGGAGCAGACUAGGCAUAUCUUUUUCUUGCAUAUAAAGGAAGCCCUCCUGGCAGGCCACCUCCAGUGUUCCCCAGAGCAGGCAGUGGAACUCAGCGCCCUCCUGGCCCAGACAAAGUUUGGGGACUACAACCAGAACACAGCCAAGUACAGCUACGAGGAGCUGUGUGCCAAGGAGCUCUCUAGUGCCACCUUGAACAGCAUUGUGGCAAAGCAUAAGGAGCUGGAGGGGACCAGCCAGGCUUCAGCCGAAUACCAAGUUUUGCAGAUUGUGUCAGCAAUGGAAAACUACGGCAUUGAAUGGCAUUCUGUGAGGGACAGCGAGGGGCAGAAGCUCCUCAUUGGGGUUGGACCUGAAGGAAUCUCCAUUUGUAAAGAUGACUUCAGCCCAAUUAAUAGGAUCGCUUACCCCGUGGUGCAGAUGGCCACCCAGUCAGGGAAGAACGUGUACCUGACCGUCACCAAGGAGUCUGGGAACAGCAUCGUGCUCUUGUUCAAGAUGAUCAGCACCAGGGCGGCCAGUGGGCUCUACCGAGCCAUCACAGAGACACACGCGUUUUACAGGUGUGACACGGUGACCAGUGCCGUCAUGAUGCAGUACAGCCGAGACCUGAAGGGCCACUUGGCUUCUCUCUUUCUGAAUGAAAACAUCAACCUGGGCAAGAAGUAUGUCUUCGAUAUUAAAAGAACCUCCAAGGAGGCAUAUGACCACGCCAGGCGGGCUCUAUAUAACGCGGGUGUGGUGGACCUCCUACCCAGAAGCGACCCCAGCCCCCCAAACUCUCCCCUGAAGUCCUCAGAGAGCAGCACCAGCUGUAGCAGCUGCGAGGGCCUCGGCUGCCAGCAGACCCGCGCCCUCCAGGAGAAGCUGCGCAAACUCAAGGAGGCCAUGCUGUGCGUGCUCUGCUGUGAGGGUGAGAUCAACUCGGCCUUCUGCCCCUGCGGCCACACCGUGUGCUGCGAGGGCUGCGCCACCCAGCUCCAGUCGUGUCCCGUCUGCAGAUCACGGGUGGACCACAUCCAGCACGUCUACCUGCCAACACACACCAGUCUUCUCAACCUAACUGUGAUCUGAUCUGCUGUGCACUUACAGGACAUGCUAUGUCUCCAUGAACUGCACUAGUAUAAGCUAUAAAAGAGAUAGAUUGUGGAGAGAAAAAAUACUCCAACACCCAUCUGCCAUGCAACGUAUAGGGGAAGAAAAACCAACAAGGAAGAAUAGAAAGAAUAUAACUACUUCUCACCGCCAAAAUGUACCAUGUGUAGAAUCAGCACCUGCUGGGUGGUGACCAGGAGGAGCUCUGGGACCCAGAUACAUUCCUUGGACUUUCCUUCUUUUUAUGAUCAAGUAAGGAAUCAGGAAAAAUCUUUGACAUCAGUUAAGUGGCAGCCUAACCCUAAAGUGGGUACCUUUUAGAAAAUGAUGUUUUAAGUCUCCUUAAUGUAUCCCAAGGUAAGUUUCCUACCUGCAGCCAAUUUUGUAAGAAUUUGUUUUAAGGAUUUACUUGGUUCUUUUUGUAUGGGUCACGGAGCUCUGGACAUUUUUAAUAGGAAAAUUUUUCUUAAAGAGAUAGUCAUCGUUUUAAUGUCAUUUCUGUUUUUUCUAACUUGUUCAAAAUGAUUGGGAGGCAAGCAGAUUUAAAAAUCGAUUCGGGAACUUUUUUUUUAAAGUGGGCAACAAAGUUGUCAGAUUUAAACCAGUCUGGCUAGUGGAAAGCAGAUCACUCCACAUGGAUGGAUUCCUGUCCCUUCCGUCUCCCUUCUUCUUACCACAUCCCCAAGCCUUUCAGUGAUAGAAUGCUACCAGUUUAGUUAGACGAUUUCUAUGUAGUAGUUGGCACUCCUUGGGCCUCUUGAGUUGGGGGAACAUUUUAAGAUUGAAAAGGGAGUGCAUGUUCCUUGGAAGGGAGAGCAUUGUUCACCGAGAUGACGCUUCGUGGCAUACAAAUGGGGUGGUUCGUGAAUUCUCCCAUGCACCCUGCUCCAGCUUCACCCAGUGGGGUUGCUUUCGCUUGAUCCAUCAAGCCUUUUAUAGCCUUAUCAUAGAUGUCCUAGAUAUUAUAUGCUUUUUUUCUUUUUUGGUAGUAAAUGCUUAGGUAUUAACUCUUUGUUGUCCCUCUAUGUUAUAGAGAGGUUUCGGGUUUUUUGUUUGUUUGUUUCUGUAUUCUUAAUCAUGUUUUUCCACUCCCACUUGGGAAUUUUGGACGCUGGUCAGCUUGUGGGUUUUCUAGGAUGUUGGGAAACCUAGGUGACCUUAUUGGGUGCAAUACUAGCUACGUUAAAGCUAGAAACCUACACUGUCACUUUACUGAGAUUUCUGAGUAUACUUUCCAUAUUGCCUUAAUGUAGCAGUAAUGUGUUUAUGCAUUUGUUUCUUUGCACAGACAUUUUGUCAAAUAUUAAAACUCUACUUUUUUAUGGCACAUAUUAGCAUAUAAGCCUUUAUUCCAAGAGGUAUUUAUUUUUUCACUUGUAAAAAAUAAUGUUUCCACAUAAAGAACUCUGUUAUAUCCUAGAGGACUUCUGUCUUUUAUAUUCAGGAUAAUAAAGACUUUAAAGCAAA